GGAGAGACCGGAAAUGACUCGAGAGGAGCGGGGAGCUCGUUUCCGUUGUCUGGGGCCGUGUUUUCUGUAAAGGCUGAGUAAUUUUGGGGUGGUGGCUGUUCGGUUCACAACCUCUUAUUGAAUAGUACUCGGUGUUGGGAUUUAAGUGUAAAGCCACCAGGAGUCGACUGUACCAUUUGAAUGCUGUUAGUAAGCGGGUUAGCUAGCUAUUCCAGUAAAACUGAUUUCAAUUUUACUUUUUACGGGCUAAACAAGUUGCAGAGAGUGAUCUAACGUGAAAUCUGUUACUCGUGAACACCCGGCAAGUGAACCGCGUUCCAAUCAGGACAGAUGCAGGCCAUUAAGUGUGUGGUUGUGGGAGACGGGGCUGUGGGUAAAACAUGCCUCCUGAUCAGCUACACCACCAAUGCAUUCCCUGGGGAGUACAUUCCCACUGUGUUUGAUAACUACUCCGCCAAUGUGAUGGUGGAUGGGAAGCCGGUGAAUCUGGGACUGUGGGACACGGCUGGACAGGAAGACUACGACAGGCUCCGCCCCCUGUCCUACCCUCAAACGGACGUGUUCCUGAUCUGCUUCUCACUCGUGAGCCCCGCCUCGUUCGAAAACGUCCGCGCCAAGUGGUACCCGGAGGUCCGGCACCACUGUCCCAACACUCCCAUCAUCCUGGUGGGCACCAAGCUGGACCUGCGGGACGACAAAGACACCAUAGAGAAGCUGAAGGAGAAGAAGCUCACGCCCAUCACCUACCCGCAGGGCCUGGCCAUGGCCAAAGAGAUCGGUGCAGUGAAGUACCUGGAGUGCUCAGCCCUGACGCAGCGUGGGCUGAAGACUGUGUUCGAUGAGGCCAUCAGGGCAGUACUCUGCCCCCCACCUGCAAAGAAGAGGCCCAGGAGGUGCCUCCUGCUGUAGACAUGGGGCAGGGGGGACGGGGGGCCAGGGGGGUGGGAUGCCAAAGCUCGGCCAGGGGAAGGCAGGGCGUAGGAUAAACACAGGAAGUGUUUGCAUUCAGAUAUACCAUUUUUAUAUUUUAAAUAUAGUACUACUCGUACUAUUUAGUACUUACAAUUCAUUGAAUUUUUUUUGUUGUUGAUUAUUUUCCCCCCUUCCUAUGCCUAGAUUUCACUGUUGGUGUAUGGGGAAGUUCCAAUCAGCUCUCAUCCUAAAUACUGUCCUCUAUUAGCGCAAACACUACAUAAUUAAUGUUCCUGUGGCCUUUUAAAAAAUAUUUUCUCCAGAAUUUUUGUGAGAAGGUAAACUGUUUAUGUCCUUAAUAUUCUUAUGGCUCAGAGGCCCCAAUGUGUGUUUAGUCUCUUUAGUCAUAUUGAAUUGAGGUGUUUCCAAAUUAACAGAGAGGGUUGGGAGGCCAGGUUGCAACCACUAUUAACACUUUUGUUUAAGGUUUUGCAUCAUGUGAAGUAAAGAACAGGUCAAAUGUUUAGUGAAAUGGUUUUGUGGUCAACAGACAAAAUGUAAAGUAACGGGGGGAAAAAAUGAAACUGUUUCUCAGUGUGCCAGGAGAGUUUGUGAUGCUAAACGAAAUUGUGUUGUAGCCAGACAGUCUUGUUGACCAUUGGCGUGAAUGAAAGUUUCUUCCUACAAGGUAACUGAACAGGAGUGCAGCUCUCACUACAUUCGAUACAUUUACAGCCAAAAAAGGUGGUCUUUGUGUACACUUGUUUUCUUGAAUGUCCUCACUUCUAAAAGACAUUUCUGUUCGUGUCCUAUAAUCAAAUCUGGCCUUGCUCUUCUGAUUGGCUAUGGUGUGAUUCCUGUAACUCAUGAUAGAGGAGCAGAUACACUGGAGUGGCGUGGCUGGAUUCUGACUGAAGAUUAAAGCCAAUGGGAGCAGCUCUGUCUAACCAAUCACCAAAAAGGGGAGGAGCAUCCCUCCCAGCCAUUUUUAUAAGUAUGAUGUAUAUUCUUGGUUACUGUUGCCCAGGCUCUAAGCUUCUCAUUCAGGACUUAAGCACCCUUUUUCUUUUUGUGUGGGGCAUUUAUAAGUUCAUACAGCUAUUCCCUGUUAACCUCAUUUUGUGAUUUGUAUUGAAUCUGAGUUACUUGUUAUGAAACCAAGCAUUUAAUUGUGAAUAAUGAAUGCUAAUUUAAAAAGAAAUACGGCUGCUUCAGCCUUGCCAGUUAUUGCAUAUCAUAUAAUCGGCACUGUGUUAUAAUAAUCAUGUGAAUUGGCUGUUUUUUAAGGACUCCUGUUAACUAACAAUGAAUGUGGUGGCAAAUUCAUCGAACCCUUUAAUGCAAAAAAAAAAAAAAAAAAAAACUAUAAAGCUUUCCAUUGCUGCAGACCAUAUAUAAUGUAUUGAAUUUACUGACGUGACAUCUUUAGAACUAGUGUAUUUUUUAUUUUUUCAGCCUGAAUCAUUAGAUCAAAACGGUUGAAACGACAGGGUCAGGAUCAACAUGCAGUGUUCAGCUGUGCUUUGUCAGCGCAGAAAAAGUAAACCUGUUGUAAGCAAACUGGUGGAAGGCCAUUUUAAUUUUCUGGAAGAAGGUAGCCGUUUUUCACAUUAUUUUCUGAAAUAAAAGCCAGUAAAUUCAGUUAA